AUGACUCGUGCGCGCACUACUCGUAAGCGUUCGCCUGCGGCGUCCAUCUCGAGCAUGUCGUCGGUCGACACACCAACCAUGCACAUUAGCCCGCCGAUCACUAGACCGAUCACUCCGCCCUUCUUUGGCAACGACGUCGACCUCACACUCGACAUCUCACGGUUUGAGCCACAUCGUCCAGCGCCCAGCCCGUUCAAGAGUGGAACCGCGACUCCAACUCACGCGCCGCCGGUGAAUCCGCCGCGCUCGCCAGACCUCUUCUCGCGUACGUUCUCUCAGCGUGUCGCCACGCCACGUAGCGAAAGUUACGCCAAGUCUCGCCGAGCUAGCGACGAGAGCGAGACCGAGACCGUCCGCUGGCGUGCACAGAUGGUCGAUGUCGCCAUGUCAUAUGCGACGUUGGCGUCGGCCAACCCCCGCGACUUUGUCGCUACCACCACCGCACAGGCUCACCACAACGUCGUGCUCCGCCGCCUCUCGGACCCUUCGACUACAGAGCUUGAAGCGCUGGCCAUCCUCCGCGGAUACAUCGACCAGGUGCACUCCAGCAGCCGCGGCCGCGGCCACCAGCGCACUCCCAGCGCCGACUUGUCCUAA